CACUGCUCUCCUCCUCCGGCUCUCAGUCUGGCGCUCUCCGCUCUCCUCACCACGCAGCUUUUCUAAUUCCUCCUCCUCAAAAAAAAGUGUGUCCGGACCAAAAAACUGCAACAUUCCUGAGGACUACUUUUUAAACUGCUGGUGAACGUAUCAUUCCUACAGAGCAGAAGAGACACUUUGGACCAACACCUGGGCAGCGUUUACUUCCUGGUUAUAUAACUUUUUUCUUUGCACUUGAACGACUCCUUUACAUUCCAAAGACUUUGGACCAACAUUUUUGUCUUUUUCUUCAGAGUUCUUAGUGUUUGACUCUAACUAAACCAAAUAAGCAGUUCACUGUAGCGACUUUUUUUAUAUUGCACAACCCAGAAAUAGUCUUAACUGCGUUUUUUCCCUUUACGCGUAGUGUUCAAUUAAGUAACCAAACAGGCAAUAAUGGCAGGUUUGAACUCUCUGGAUGCCGUGAAGAGGAAGAUUCAGAGUUUGCAGCAGCAGGCCGACGAUGCAGAGGACCGGGCUCAGGUCAUACAGAGAGAACUGGACAGUGAACGCGAACUCCGGGGGAAAGCGGAGGGAGAUGUAGCCGGUCUGAACCGUAGGAUCCAGCUGGUGGAGGAGGAACUGGACCGAGCCCAGGAGAGGCUGGCCACGGCGCUGCAGAAGCUGGAGGAGGCUGAGAAGGCCGCGGACGAGAGCGAGAGAGGGAUGAAGGUUAUUGAGAACCGAGCGGGUAAGGACGAGGAGAAGAUGGAGAUCCAGGAGAUUCAGCUAAAGGAGGCCAAACACAUCGCAGAGGAGGCCGACCGCAAAUACGAGGAGGUGGCCCGUAAGCUGGUGAUCCUGGAGGGAGAGCUGGAGAGAGCCGAGGAGAGGGCCGAGCUCUCAGAAUGUAAAGCCGCUGACCUGGAGGAGGAGCUGAAAAAUGUGACCAACAACCUGAAGUCCUUAGAAGCCCAGUCUGAGAAGUACUCAGAAAAAGAAGACAAGUACGAGGAGGAGAUCAAAGUCCUGACUGACAAACUGAAGGAGGCUGAGACCCGUGCAGAGUUUGCAGAGAGGACAGUGGCCAAACUGGAAAAGUCCAUUGAUGAUCUGGAAGAUGAAUUGUACGCUCAGAAGCUGAAGUACAAGGCCAUUAGUGAGGAGCUGGACCAUGCCCUCAAUGACAUGACGUCUCUGUAGACUCUCUCGCUGCCUCUCACUUCCCUUUCUCUGCCGAGUGCUUCAAACUCAUCUUCUCUCUCUGAUCGUACUGUACGUGCCUUCGUCCCGUCUCAGUAUGCAGGAAAUGAUUCAUUAAAAAUAUGUUUCUUUCCUA